CCUGCCUUGAAGUUCUACGAGUUCCGAGUAGUUAGAAUUUGACUCCAAAGUCCAUCGGUUCCCAAGGAAUGCUCUGGUACGCCAUCCUUGCGCUGCUCACGGCAUGGGGUCCAAGUCACGUCUCAUGCCUGACCUCGCUGAGUACAAUCAACGAAUCCACCUGGGAUGCCUUCAAUAGCAGUGUUUCCGGUAGGCUGCGCAAUGGAAAACCCAUGCUAGCCCCAUGUUACACCAAUUUCAACGGCCACGUCCAGCUUCCUGACCACCAGGAGUGCUCUGCACUGCAGUCGCAUCGAUCGGAUAGUGAUUUUGUCUCGAAGCAUUUCGGCGGUUACCAGAAUGUGAACUGGGGUUCCUGCCAAGCAACAGGACAGUCUUGUGCAUUUGGCUCGCUACUGAAUCCAGACCUGGUCACUCCGGUGACGCGGCGGUGCUCCCAGGGCAGCGUCCCAGCCAAAUACCUGGAAGUACACACGAUCGAGGACGUGCAGCGAGGGUUAAUCUUUGCCAAAGAGCAGAAUGUCAAGUUGGUGGUGAAGAACACCGGCCAUGAUUUCAAAGGUCGUAGCUCGGCACCAGAUUCGUUUGCCUUGUGGACACAUCGCUACCAGCCCCCAAUCAGGUUGCAGAAAGACCUUGUCCCGGAGGGAUGCUCGUCGGCCGUGGGGGAUGUGAUUUCUUUUGGUGCGGGCCAACAGUUCCAAGGAAUUUACGAAUUUGCCCAUGCGCAUAACUACCGCGUGGUCGGAGGCACGUCGAGCAGCGUUGGAGCGGCUGGGGGCUGGAUUACCGGCGGAGGACACAGUAUGCUGUCCAAUGAGCUUGGUCUCGGCGUGGACAACGUUCAACAGCUCAAGGUCAACCAAGACAUCUUUUUUGCCCUGAGGGGCGGCGGAGGAGGCACGUUUGGCGUGGUGAUGGAGAUGACCACCCUAGUGCACGACGAGAAGCCAAUGCAGCUGGCCCAGGUGUCUUUAGCCAGCCUCGAUGCUGCCAGCGCAAAGAGCUUUCUCUCAAUAUUGGUGGCAAACGCGGAUAAGUGGGCAUCCGAGGGCUGGGGAGGAUAUAUCUCGCCCGGAGUGCUGGGAAACCAUGUGUCGAACCUGGUACUGGCAACCUCCAUGCUCAAUCACUCCGACGCCCAAGCGUCCAUGCAGCCAGUACUCGCCUUUGCACGCCAGAGAGGCACAAUCGGGCAGGCGAAUCUCACCACGGUUGACAGUUUCUUCGGCAUUCUCAAGGGAUUUGCUGCAGUCGCAAAGCUCGGACAACCCAGCGGAUCGCUCGCCAUGUCGUCUCGCCUUGUGCGGCGCGACUCAUUUGUCGGGGACAACAACCAGCGGCGGCUCUCGUCGAUUCUCAACGACAUUCUGACCACAAGCCAGGAGAGCGCCUUGCUGUCGAUCUCACCGUUGUUCAUUAGCGUCACUGCGCCCACAAUAUACUCCAAGCACCAACCUGGAGGUCCCGGAGCGGCAUCGGUGACGCCUGCCUGGCGUGACAGCCUAUGGCAUGUCAUCCAUCUGCGUCCGUUUGACGGCCUUGUCACACAGCCUAGCCUUGUUAAUUGGAUACGGCAAUCUACUCACGAUGCUCUCGGAGCCUUGCGGGACUUUACUCCAGACUCAGGGGCCUAUCAGAAUGAAGCCGACCCGUUCGAGCCGGACCCCAUCCGGGCGUUCUGGGGCGAGAAGAACUACCAGCGCCUACUUCAGAUAAAGAAGGUGGAUCCGACCAACAUGUUGACGGUGCAUCAAGGCGUGGGGUGGGAUCAAAUGGACGAAAGGUAUCAAUGCUAUCCCGAAGUCUCGCCCUGA